UGAUAUUACUGGCACUUUUGUUCUUCUCUACACAGUCUUCUCUGCUACUGAUGCCAGGAGAAAUGCCAGAGACUCCCAUGUCCCUGUUUUGGCUCCUCUCCCAAUUGUAUUUGCAGUGUUCUUGGUUCAUUUGGACACUAUCCCUAUUAUAGGCACUGCAUUAACCCUGCUAGAAGCCUAGGUGCUACCAUUGUCAACAACAGAGAACAUGCAUGGAUGACCAUUGAAGUGGGUCUCUGGUAAUUCAAUUUCAAAAAACUCAUCUGCUAGAAAUGGCGAAGAAGAGGGGCAAGGAGAUUUUCAACAAAGAAGAAAUGGCAGAAGAUUGGUGUUUUGAAUGUAAAGAUGGAGGAGAGCUCGUGAUUUGUGACUAUGGGAAAUGUUUGAAAGCUUAUCACCCUGCAUGUGUGGAGAAAGAUGACUCAGUUUGGACAAGUGAUAAACGUUGGAUAUGUGGACGGCAUACAUGCUUAAUUUGCCAUGGAAGUUCAUAUUAUCAAUGUUAUUGUUGCAAUAGAGCUGCAUGCUCUCGCUGCAUUGGUCAAAUCGAUUUUGUCCAUCAUAAAGGGAAGUAUGGAUUCUGCAAUAACUGCCUAAAGCUCGCAUUGCUUGUGGAAGAAGACAGGAAUAUUGAUUCUGAUGGGGAAAGUGUAGACCUCAGGGAUCGGGAAACAUAUGAGGGCCUUUUCAGGGAGUGUUACGAGAUAUUAAAGGAAAAAGAAAAAAUUGACAAAAAUAUUCUUCUUGCUGGUAAGGCCCAACUAGACAAGGAGAAGAUUUGUCAAAAUCGCUCUUAUUCAGAUAAACGUGGUGAGAAAGAGGAUGAGCAGCUUUCGUCAGACAAUGAAGAUUUCAGUGAUGGAGAACCUCUGAUGAAAAAGCUUAAAAUGAAAAGACAUACACAGAUGAAAACAAAGAUCCAAAGAAAAGUCGAUUCAAAGAAAAAAGAAUUUGUUGGAUGGGGAUCAAAAGCUCUAAUUGACUUUCUUCAGUUUAUUGGUCAAGAUACCAGACAAAAAAUAUCCCAAUAUGAUGUGUCAUCGAUAGUAAUUAAAUAUAUAAAAGAACAUAACCUUAUCGAUCCCGUUAAAAAGACAAGGAUCCUUUGUGAUGUUCACUUAGAAGCUGUUUUUGGGAAGAAAGUGGUAAACAGACGCAGAAUAUUAAGCCUCCUUGAAAGACAUAUUGUUGAUAAUGAGGAACGAUUACAAAAUGAUGAGCUUGAUCAUGAUCUUGAAGACGAUGACACAGAAAUAUUGGUGGCGCCUAAAACUGGGGAAAAGGUUGAACAACACAAGGUAUCCUCAAUUGGGUAUUCAACUGCAUCACAAAGUCAAUUUGCAGCCUUGAUUCCUGAAAAUAUCAAACUCAUUUACCUGAAGAGGAGCUUGGUACUGGAGAUGAUCAAGCAGCCUGAGUCAAUUGAAACCAAGAUUAUAGGAAGUUUUGUUCGGGUCAAGUUAGAUCCACGUGAUUCUGUGCAGCGUAACUCUCAUCAGCUUGUGCAAAUUACAGGAGUGUUUUCAGGGAUCAAGCAUGGAUCAAGCGAUGAGUGCAACAACGAGAGUUUAAUUCAAGUUUCAAAUAUGGCCGGAGAUGUUUGCUUGACCAUGCUUUCAGAUGCUGAGAUUUCUGAAGAAGAAUGUGAUUUUAUGAGAGAGCAGGUGAAAGCAGGCCUGCUUAAAAAGCUAACAAUUGUGGAGCUUGAACAGAAAGCUAAAAUCCUUCAUGAAGACAUCACAAAGCACGGGAUUGCUCAAGAGUUGAAAUUGUUGAAGAUACGCAUUGAUGUGGCAAAUGAAAAAGGAUGGAAAAGUGAGCUUGUCCAGCAUAGGGAGAGAAUGCAGCUCCUACAGCAACAAUGGUACCUGUCAUUUAAGCUGUUGAAUAUUCCUGGAGUGAUUCCAGAGGAAGUAGAGCUUGAAAGUCUGGCUAAAUAUGAGAGGGUUGGCAGUAAGAGGCAUCAAUGCGAAGAUGAGACAACUACUACUGGAGUUGUCAAAUGUGAACAGAAAGCUGGAGCAUCUUGCUCAGGUAGUUAGUAGAUGUAAUGAUGCUAUGUGCAACUCCCUAUCCAACGGAGGGAAGAUGCUUCUAUCAGUUUACCUUGGUAUUUUGAUUUUAGUUGCUAAGAUUGUUCAGUUCUAGCUUUGCGAUUUAUAUUAUAGCAGUUGACUUUUUUUCGGACCGCUCUAGUUGUUACAAGAAAAACCUGGUGAAGUCAUUUUGAAGUUGCAUUUGCUCUUACCCUAUAUCAUGAUUCAUGAGAAUUGAUCAAGGA